UCAUCGAACGCGCGUACGCCCAACUGUGAUAGGAAGGAGAUAGAGCGAGUGCGGUCUUAUCUCACCGGCCAUGUGUCCACAGCACCCUGAUUAGACGCGCUGGGUCUCAGUGGAUGGACGAUGACAUGUGUGAUGCCGUGACGUCACACCUGCUCGGAUCGCGUCCCAACACGUACACGUACACGAAGGCGCUCGCAGAACACCUGGUGGCCGAGGGCAGAGGCGACAUCCCGACCGCCAUCAUCCGACCAUCCAUCAUCGGCGCCGCGUGGCGGGAGCCCAUGCCCGGAUGGAUAGACAACUACAACGGCCCCACCGGUAUCUUCGUGGGCAUCGGUAAGGGACUGCUGCGCUACAUGAUGGGAAGCAUGGCCGCCACGGCCGACAUCAUACCCGUCGACAUCCCUGUAAACAUGAUGAUCGCCAUCGCGUGGCAGACUGCCGUCACGAGGCCUGAGAGAGUGCACGUAUUCAACUGUACGUCGGGACGGACCAAUCCCGUAUCGUGGGGAGAAAUAGAGACCAUGAUCGUGAAGAGCGUGACGAAGAAUCCGAUAGACAAGGUCUUCCGGGUCCCCAGCGCACGCUUCACGGCCUCACCACUGUGGUACAGGCUGGUGGUCAUCUUUGACCACUAUCUGCCAGCCUACAUCUUUGAUCUCGUGACGAAAUUCAUCGGCGGAAAACCAAUUUUGAUGCGAAUCUAUGAUAAGAUUCACCGGUCGCUGGCGACGUUGGAUUACUUCACGUCGAACAACUGGGACUUUGCGUCGGAGAACUCGCUGAUGCUCACAUCGGCAAUGACGGAAGAAGACUUGAAAGAGUUUAACUUCAGCAUGAAUGGCUUGCGAUGGCAAUCGUAUUUGGAUACCUAUGUCCUCGGGACGAAGCAGUUUGUACUGAAGGAAGACCUAGCGGGAUUACCGCUUGCCAGAAGACAUCUUCUCAAGCUCCAGAUCUUCCAGUACCUGAUGCAAGUCGUGCUGUUCUGCGUCGUGUGGCGCCUCCUGGUGGCGCGCACGAACAUCGCGCGCAAGCUGUGGCGCUUCGUCAUCUCGCUGAGCCAGAAGUUUGUCGUGCGGUUGCCGAGGGUGACGCGAUCGUCGUAGGUGGCGCCACCUGUGCGUCCUCCGAGUGUUCUUCGAGCCGCGCGCUCCAUCGCUGCAACGUGAUUGGUCGAGGCAUCUCGGAACACUUGAAAGCAUCUAGAAGUGGGAUUCGUCGAUUUUGGCGUGUGGCGGCGACCCCUUGGAAGGCCCGAAUAGGAACAAUAGUUUUGUGUAAUCUGACUAGUUAGGAGGUGUUUGUAAAACAAGAGAGCGCUGGUGGGGUACGCACAAGCGACUUUGAAACUCAUCGUCUGCGUUAUGGGCGAGUCGAUUUUUUAAAUCGUACAGAUUUGAGCUUUAUUUCGCGAGUAGGUGAUAGCGUGUAUUCCUGCAAACAGGAAAAGAUAGGUGGAACACUAGCUUAGUAAAGAUUAUCAGCAGAUGUAAGAUCAAGGAGAUGUAAUUAAAUACAAGAGAGAAAAAAUUCUGAGGUUCAUUGUCAGAAACAAAAUUAGUCUUGACAUUAGUCUUAAUGUUAGUUUUAACAUUAACUUUGUCUUGUUGACAGAAAUAUGGUGCAAUUACGAGUUUCUCAUGCAGGGUGUGUAGAGCUCCGGUCUACGAGAAAAAGUUUGUUAAUACUAAUAUUAUAACUAAUUUUGUUUCUGACAACGGGCCUCUAACGUUAAUGAUUACUGCUCCUGAUCGUAACGGCCGCUAGAGGGCCUACUCACCAGAGCGUUAACCCCUUACUAUAUGAAAGUGUGUGGCUGCUGACUGAGCCAGACCGGCCAAUGAGUGAGCAGGUCGCAGCGACUUUGAUUAGGUCGUCCAAUCAGCGAGCAGGCUUUUGCCUGACGUCAUUUCUCAAGUUAUUCAAGUUGAAUUUAUAACUGCAAUUAGUGCAUGCUUCUGCCAAAGCCAUUAACUAGAUUGUUUUCAUUCAUCAGGUAUUCGCCUGGGGCGAAGUUUUGCCGUAUUUACUUCUGUACGCUCGAUUGCUCGCCGCUAAUCAGAUUCCCCGCCAUAACAACCGGUCGAUCGAUAACGAGGCUCGCGAACCGCUGGCGCGGCGCUCGCUUACAGGCGUUAGUGUAGCCGUGCAGAACAUAACGACUGUAUUAUACAGGUUAACGGGCCUCUGGUUUAUUAUUGCUUUAAGACGUAAGACACUGCUGCCACCUAGUGCACGUUUAUCUACACGGUAUUUUAACAAUCACUAUACUUAUAUAAUAAUUGUAUAUAGAGUAGAUAAUCAAUAUUGUUAUGUCGUUUAGAUAUCUGUGAUUCAUUCUUGAAUAAUGGAAUUUAUGUCAGUAACGUUCCCUAGCAUGGGAAGACGUAGGUCUAUGAGACCAAUACUUUCAACUUGCAGUCGGGUGUUACUUACUAACACCUGUAAAAGUUUGCCACCUAGAUUUAUCCCUAGUGGGUAAGAAAUGGUGAUUGCGUUUGUCAAAUGUAAUUUUGUACGGCGCUUCGUACAAGGCGCAGUGGCGUAUGAGAGUUGUAAGUGCAGCUGUUGGUGUUGCUUAGACGUGGUGUAUAGUCAGCAACUUUCAUGUGCAAGUUUAGUCAUUUAAAGUUAAUAUAUUUAUAUUGUUUAGUAUUUGCCAGUGUAGAAAUACAUAUGCGUAGCAGCAGUGGUUCUUAAACGUUUUUUUUUGGGGGGGGGGCUGCAACCCAAAUUAUUUGUUCGUAUGGUCAGUUUAUCGACUGGAUACUUUGGUGCAUUCAACCAUGGUUGGAUUAUUGAUGAAACUUGCUGCCUCGGAACAUCCAUGGCGUCCCGGUUUUUCAGUCGUAAUCAAGGGGUUUAAGAACCGCUGCAUAAAAAUAAGGCAAUCGGGGUAUAAUAGGCGACGUAAGCGUGUGUGUGUGUGCGUGCGUGCGUGCGUGCGUGCGCGCGCGUGUGUGACACGUGAUACGUGGUGAAACGGACAAGAAAAUGUGUACAAUGAAGAAAUUACUUGAGUGUCUAGCGGCAUUCGUGGUAAAUGCGAACUUUAACUUUUAAGACAAAUGACCUUAUGGCGCGUAUUAGAUAUGUAUCUAUAUAUACACUUGAUUGCUUAGAUCUUGGAGUAAUCAUUGCGAUGAUCAUUCAGAAUGAUUACUCCCAAGCUUAGAUCGUGGUAACGAUGAUCUCUCAUGUGUUCUCGCUGGAAUUUGCUACGUUAAUAUACGUGAUAUUGUGAUUUGACCGUAAUGUGGUGCAUAUCGAUUAAUUGGCAUUUAAUUAUAUGUUUUAUUUUAAUAUGUCGGUGUUUAUGUUUGCCGCUCGCGCGCGCGUGCGUGCGUGCGUGCGUGCGUGCGUGCGUGCGUGCGUGCGUGCGUCUGUCUGUAUUAGUUAUGUAUCGCGCGGUGGAUGCUUGGACGGGCUGACGGCUUGAUGGUUCAUGUUUCCACUGUAUCGCAAAAAAGGAUGGGGGAGGAGGGAGGAGGAGGAGAAAGAAGGGGGGUCUGUUGUUAGAGGGUGGGUGCAGAGACCCCUUUGUGGCCUGCAGGUACUCGUAGUGUCUACCCAGAGUGGUCACCGACGGGGUUUCACCAGACGAGUGCAUGUUGGACACGAUGGAAUCGAAUUAACCUGAAAACGCGGUUUCCGUGGCGUUACACUGAUGUUCUACCCUAGAUGCGCCCCCGUCAACCGCAGAAUAUAAAUAAUAGAAAUAUCAACGAUAUAAGUCUAUAAUAUAAUCAUGAGUGCAUGCCACGGACGAUUACGUGAACGAGUUUGCGUUAUAUAUAUAAUGCAUGAGGAUCAUUUUGCCAGGAGUUUUCCUUUGAAACUAGUGCGUUCCAACUGAUACACUGUAAAGAAAGAAAGAAUCUGGGUCCGGGAAAGGGUACGGGUUUCUUUUUCAUGCUGAGGGAGACCAACAUCACUUUUAAUCUGUAUAAAAAAAGGUUGGUGGCUGGUUUAGUGUGGAGUAGCUCGAACUAUAGGCUACAUUCGUAUCAUCAGGAGUAAAUAUUCACUUGUGAUUAUUUACUCCUGGUAUCAUGCAGGCAGCAGAGGGGGCAGACUAUGGUGGUCCCUUCCCACUCUGUGUUGAUGUGAUCAUAGAUAUAGAAUAGAAGAAUAGUAUAUAGAAUAUAUCUCUAUUCCAUAUCUAUGAUGUAAUCUCGAGUAGACACCUGCGAGAUCUGGCGUGUGUUAAAAAUAUGUUCUUAGCUUUAUUGUCGUCAUCCCGUUGCGUGUUUUAGCAGAGUAGUCGCAUGGCCGCGUAUGGUUGGCCAUCGUACUCGGAAAUAAUUAUUUUCACCGCGGUAGAAAUAAUUCAACCGCGGUUAAAUCACAUAUGUGUAACAAGGCAACCGAUUGGGUAAAGUGGCAAUAAUUUUACCGCGGUUAAAUUUGUUCUACCGCGGUAAAAAUAAUUAUUUCUGAGUACGAUGGCUAACCGUAGCCGCUUUGCACAUGGAACGACGCGUUCGAUUAAGUUUUGGCGCUACGUUGGGUCCAAAUCGCAGCCGGCCACCAAAUCGCGAAUCAUCAAAUCACUGCUUCCAUGCUUGCUGGUCACGAGUUGUUACGGACUUACGGUGCUUCUGUCCGAUCCACCGGUUGUAGAUUUACACGCCAGUGUCGAUGUAAUUAAGAACAAAGUGUACGCUAUUUAUAUUCUAAUUGCUUAAUGAAAUAAAAGUAAACACAGUUGUCAGAUCGAAAAA